AUGGAAGGCGGUGAUAACAGCUUGUAUCGCGUAUUGAACAACAUACUACGCUCUGAAAAUCGUCGUGAGGUCGUACCAUGGUUUGGAUACCUGAAAUUAUUCGAUACAGCUCUCUCCAAACUGCCGACCAUCCAAGAAUGUAUUUGGCGAGGUGUAGCUGGAGAUAUUAGUCAACAAUUUAAAGAAGGAGAUAAAUUAACAUGGUGGAGUAUAAGUUCUUGUUCCGUAUCUUUGAAAGUCGUACAAGAUUUUCUGGGAUCGGAAGAGAACGCCACUCUAUUCAUGAUCGAAGCUAAAAAUGCCAAAAAUAUCAAUGGCUACACAAAUUACCCUAAUGAACAAGAAGUUUUAUUGCGACCAGGAACUCAAUUACGUGUGAAAGACAAUGCUUUGCAUCAUAAAGGAGGUUUACAUGUUGUUCACUUGGCUGAAGUAUAUGAUGGUCAUGAAGCACAAUUGCCAAACGCUAUGGCCUCUCUGAACUUAUCAUCAAAAUCAGAAAACAAAAGUGCUUCCAAGAAUGAACAUUCGGCAUCGGCAUCUGCUUCAAUUUCAACGCCACAAGCAACAAAGAAACAAUCAUCAUCUAACUCAUCGGAAACAGAUCCAUCGAGCAAUAUGCCUGCUUACAACUAUGUAUUUGUCAAAUAA